CGAGAGUGCGAGUCACUAUCGGCCAAAGACAGAAACACUGACAAGUGACAAGUAAUCCAAGUCAAGUUUAGAUAUAUAUGUUUUUAUUUUAUUUUUAUUUUUGAGGAACAAGGGAAAUUUCUUGGAAAGAAAGAGGACGAACCUUUUUAUUAUAGAUAUUCUGUAGGAAAUAGAGUUUGAUGGGUGGGAUACUCUCCAAACGGGAGAGUCCAAGACACCCUUCUUAUGGGUCUAGAUCAUAUUCUUCAAGUUAUCCACAAUCUCCAUAUGCUCAGCCAAGCCAAGAGUACGCUCAACAGCCAUACUAUGCCAACCAGCAGCCGUAUUAUGCACCUGAAUCUCAUAGCUACAGUGAAGGUCGAGCCCCUGUGUCAAAAAAGAAGUUAGAGAGGAAGUACUCGAAAAUAGAUGAUAACUACAAUAGCCUUGCAGAGGUAACUGAGGCUUUGGCUCAUGCCGGGUUGGAGUCUUCCAAUCUUAUUGUCGGUAUUGAUUUCACGAAGAGCAAUGAGUGGACAGGCGCAAGGUCAUUCCAUCGAAAAAGCUUGCAUCACAUUGGCGAAACACAAAAUCCUUAUGAACAAGCCAUUUCAAUUAUUGGGAAAACAUUGUCUUCAUUCGAUGAGGAUAACCUGAUUCCUUGUUUUGGAUUCGGAGAUGCAUCAACCCAUGACCAGGAAGUUUUCAGUUUCUAUCCGGAUGAGCGGUUUUGUAAUGGAUUUGAAGAAGUUUUGAGCCGAUAUAGAGAACUUGUCCCUCAGUUACGACUAGCAGGGCCCACAUCAUUUGCUCCAAUAAUAGAAAUGGCCAUCACUGUUGUUGAGCAGAGUGGCAGUCAGUACCAUGUUUUAGUAAUAAUAGCUGAUGGACAGGUAACUAGAAGUAUUGAUACUGAACGUGGGGAGUUAAGCCCUCAGGAAAAGAAAACUAUUGAUGCAAUUGUGAAGGCAAGUGAGUAUCCAUUGUCAAUUAUACUCGUUGGGGUUGGAGAUGGACCUUGGGAUAUGAUGAGAAAAUUUGAUGAUAACAUCCCUGCCCGGGCCUUUGAUAACUUCCAGUUCGUGAAUUUUACAGAUAUAAUGUCAAAGAAUAUGGACAGAUCCAGAAAAGAAACAGAAUUUGCACUUGGAGCAUUGAUGGAAAUACCAUCUCAGUAUAAAGCAACACUGGAGCUCAAUAUCUUGGGCUGUAGCAGAGGGAAGGCAAUAGACAGGGUUCCUCUUCCCCCUCCUAACUAUGGAUCGGCUUCAGGCAGCGCUUCGAAACGUCCAAGCAGUUAUCGCCCAAGUGCACCUACUGCUGUAAGAAAUGAUCCGGGUGUUAGCAGGGCAACUCCUGCCAGUUCUGCUUCUGAUAAUCAUCUUUGCCCAAUUUGUCUUACCAAUCCAAAGGAUAUGGCAUUUGGUUGUGGCCACCAAACUUGUUGCGAGUGUGGACAAGAUCUUGACCUGUGCCCCAUUUGUCGUAGCAAUAUUCAUACAAGAAUAAAGCUCUAUUAAAGAAGAGCGGGUUAAAAGUUUUGGCACUGGUUUACACUCAACUUGCGGACAGUGAAGCUCAUUCACAAUACAAUUUAAGGGCAAUCUUUGGUUGUGUAAUUAAUUAGAUGUCAUAUUAGAUCUCCUGAAAAUUCAUUGCUGGGCUGUGGGGUGGGGGAGUUCUGCAAAUAAUGUGCCUUGUAAAUAUCUCUAGUUUUUGUCAAUUCACUGUACUUUGUUCCCUGUACUUUUUUAUUGGCCGAGCUGCCCGAAUUCAUUUUCUGCUUAAUAUCAACAUACUUCAGAUGCGCACAUUGUGACAGAACUUUGUUACUUGUGCUAUUAUAGUGGCUGGAUCAUUGGUUU